UCCAGAUCAAUGAGAGAGAGAGAGAGAGAGUGAGAGAGAAUAGAUGUCCGCCGAUCUCUCUCUCUUCAGUCUUGCUCUUCCAGGAAGGGAUUAUUAACCAGCGCACUGCCGACAUGUGAAGGACAAAAGAAGUUUUCAGUUCACACCGACAGCCGCACUAUGGACCUGCCCAGCAGAUAAAAAAGAAAAAGCGGGCUACAUGAAAAAAACAACUUCUCCUACAGUAACAAGCCUAGCAGUCGGGCUGCCACUUCUGCUGCUGCUGUGUGGGUUUCUAUAGGAAAGGAAAGGAAAGGAGAUAAGAAGAGAGUAAAACGGAAAAGUGGAAGGAGAAGGAGAGAAGUUGACGGGAGAUAAUGUCUGAAUCCUCCUCCGCUGCGACCAAGCAGGAGAGGAGCUCUUUCAGUCCUUCCGCGAACCCGCUGCCAAACUCCACUUCCUCCCCCGUCCAUGCUCCUGUCGCGAGGCCAGCCAGCCGAAUGGAGGACGAGCCUGCCAGGCUGCCUGCACACCUGCACAUAGUGGAGACAGACAAGAAACACAGGGAGAGAGAAGAGGAUGACAUGCAACAAAUGCCCCCAGCUGGACUAACUGACUAUGCAAAUCGGGGACGCUGCGAUUAUGUGGACUCAUCUGCCUUGAUACUUGACUGCCUGAAGACUGACUUGACUUGUUUGCAGCCAGUCUUUUGGAGCAGGGAGGAUGUGGCCCAGUGGCUCAGAUGGGCUGAGAAGGAGUUUGCCCUGCGGCCGAUCACCAGUGGCUCUUUCCAGAUGAAUGGCAAAGCCCUGUUGCUCCUCACCAAGGAGGACUUCCGCUACCGAUCCCCCCACUCUGGGGAUGUCCUGUAUGAGCUGCUGCAGCACAUCCUGAAGCAGAGGAAGCCCCAUGUAUUUUACCCGUCUGCCUACUCCCCUGGGAACUCCUUCCACUCACUGCCUGAAAGCGCUGUGCAGCACCUGAAGCUAGAAGAAACGGUACGACGGGGGCCGCGUGGUGCAGAGCCACUACCCCAGCAUCCACCAACCAUUGAGCUGCGGCACCGAUCCCGCUCCCCUCACCAUCCAACCCCGCGACGAUCCCCUAUGGAGCCAAACCACCCUCGCCCCACAAAUGAGGACUCCCUCCAAACCUUUUCCCAGCUGCCUGACAGCAACCACCACCUGACGGAGGAAAUGUAUCCCCUGUCGGUGUCCCCAGCUGCACCAAACGGGCGCUGCACAACGCCCCGAGAACCCCCCUGCCCUGGCAGCCCUGGGGGCCAGGAGGCGGGCCCUCCUCGCGUCAUCCAGCUCAUGCCCAGCACCAUCAUGAACCCACUGCUCCUCAGCCCAAACAGGAGUGGCGGAGGUGCCAGCAUGGACUUCAGGCACAGCCGCAGUGGACCCCUGUCUCAGGCGACGCUUGAGAAUGGGCGUGAAAGUAAAGUCCAUGGCCACCAUCAUCCAAUACCACUGGCACAGCAGCAGCAGCAGCAACAACAGCACCUACUGCAGCAGGAGGAGGCGCUCUACAGGAAUCAUGUCAUCAUGCCAGUGUCUCCUCCAGAGGAACAGCAAAUGCCCAUUGGACGGAUAGCAGAUUGCAGGCUGCUUUGGGACUACGUCUACCAGCUCCUGUCAGACAGCAGGUACGAGAACUACAUUCGCUGGGAGGAUCCAGAGAACAAAGUCUUCCGCAUCAUGGACCCGAACGGCCUGGCAAGGCUCUGGGGCAAUCACAAGAACAGGACAAAUAUGACGUACGAGAAGAUGUCGCGAGCACUGAGACACUACUACAAACUAAACAUUAUCAGGAAAGAGCCUGGACAAAGACUUUUGUUCAGGUUCAUGAAAACCCCUGAUGAGAUAAUGAACGGACAGACAGACCGGCUGGAGCACCUGGAGUCUGACACAGAUGAACAAAUCUAUAUCAAAGAGGAAUGCUGAGGAACUCUGUGGGGAAAAAAAAGUCCACAAACUACUUACUACUACUACAGCCGCUGAUGCCUUUCAGAUGCAGCUUGAACAAUCUAUGUUGAAUCUGGAGUGCAUGGAUGUUUGCUCAUAUCAGUCCUACACAGAGAGACAUGCAAUCUAAUCUCCCUUAUGAUUGCCUUAGGAUGAUCAUUUACUGAGGUAACAACAAAACAAAACGAAAAAAACUGCAUUACUUGUUUUGGUUUUCCUGAUGGACAGAGCUGAAAGGACCUUUUCAUGCUCUCUUUUAUUUCUGAAUGAACUGCAAAAGCCAAUCACUUUGUGCUUAUGUCACUUUUAUUUUUGUUUUGUCUCCUCAUAUGCAUUAUACUACGGAAUUUUGUAAAAAGAAAAUUAAGAAUGUGUGCGUGUGUGACAGGAAUGUUUUCACCAUGGAAUAAACAUUUUUGAUCAAACUGAAUCCUCUUGGUGUGGAUAUACUAACAGUUUGAGAUGUAAUUUACCUACACUUUCUGUCCAGUAUUUCCUUUCUCUCGGCAUAAAAAAUACCACUGAUGUUUGCUGAAAUACAUAAAAUAGCCACCACAUGAUGGCACUAGUGCACAACUUUUAUGAGAGAGGCCUUUCUGUGGAUGUUUCCUGCAUUUCAUCAAACAGGUUCCACACCUCUCCAAUUACAGGGUUACUUAUAGGAGAAAUUGUGGUUAAAGUUCAUAGGGUUGUAGGUAUCACAUACAGUAUUUGCUAACUUCUAGCAUUUGGUGGUAUUAUUGAUAUGUUUGUGGGAAAUGACCAAUGAUGAGCUCUCUAUUAAUUAAUCUAACUUAUCACUCACCACUCAUCAUUUGUGUUCUAUUUCACCAAAUGCGCCGUAGCAGCUAAAAUCCAUUACAGUACUUUUGCAUUACAUUCUGAAUAUUAUUAAAAUGCUUUAUUACUAUUUCCAUGAUACUUGUGGACCUCCAUACAAUUGAGCCUUGUAGCAUAAUGAGGAUAUCAUAACAUUAGUUUGUACUUGUUCUGCCUCAUGUCUCUUAUUUGUAGAGUUUUUGAGGUAAUUACACUUUAUUUGAGUCUGUCCAUUUUAUUCUACUUAUUAAUUUUACUUUACAUAAAAAAAACAACUUAUAAUGAGCUUUUAAAAUACACUACAUUGGCCUGUUUUUGGCCUGACAACAUGCAAAAAAUCUGUAUCCGUUGGGGCCCCUUGUUUCAGAUGUCUGAGUUGUUAGCAGUUCCACUAAUAAGAUAUUUCCCUCUAAACCUCUAAAAUGCAAAUGGUGUCAUUUAAAUAUCUUUUCAAGGCCUAAAGAGGUGCAAUUGUUUGAUAGUUCACAAAAAGCAAAGAUUCUGUCUAAGGUUAAAAAAAAUUAAUAUGAAUUUGUGUGUUAGAACAUUGUUUCUUCUUCUUUCCUACAUCAUUAAUGAUCUCACGACACCUCAGAUUUAUCUUGUGACCCUUUGGAGGGGUCCGACCCCUAGGCUCGUAACCACUGGACUACACUACCAAACUGUAUAGAAAAUAGUUCAAACCAGUCAAAGGGGCCAUUUUUCUGCCUAAGGUGUACUGUUAAUAGUUUAAGUUCAUUUUGCAGCUAAUACUUAUGACUUUUAAAUAAGUAGGAUUUUUAAUCCGAGACUUUAACUUGUAAUGUAUUUUUACAGUUCUAUAUUGCUACUUCCACUUAAGUGAAAGAUCUAAAUACUUCCACAAUAACUGUUUCUCUGAACAGAGCAGAGCGAUGCAGCAAAUCACACAAUAACGUCAUCUGGUAACUUCUAGCAACUUUCUGGAAACCAGUAGCUACUUCCCUCAGAAAAGAACUGGCAGCCCUAGCAGUCCCCAAUUAGCUGGAAGCAUUAACAGCAGCUCCUUCACCCGGUUGCUGUGAGCGUGAUCAGGUUUCACGCUCUGGGUAGCCUGGCUCAACUCAGACAGGUCCCGCUCCAGCUGGGCAAUCUGGUGCUGACAGAGCUGAAAGGACGUUCUAAGUGCUCCCUUUUAUAUCUGAAUGACCUGCAAUCCCAUUCAAUUUUUGCUUAUGUCACUUUUAUGAUUUUUUUUGUCUCCUCAUAUGCAUUAUACUACGGAAUUUUGUAAAAAGAAAGUUGUGUUUGUGCGUGCAUGACACG